AGUAGAGAAACAUCAACAAUCCUUCCAGGUUCCAGGCUAGGGCGAAGUGUCAGUGUAGCCUAGCAGCGAGGUAGCUAAGCGUGAUUUCCUCGGGCAUUUCGCUGAUUUGUUUUAUUUUUUUGUAUAUAAUUACUGUAUUGUAGCACCCCAGAUAUGUCGUUGUUAGGUAAGAUAUUUGGAGGAGGAGGAAAAGGGGGAAAGGGACCGAGCCCACAGGAGGCGAUCCAGAAACUCCGAGAGACGGAGGAGAUGCUAACGAAGAAACAGGAAUUUCUAGAGAAAAAGAUCGAACAGGAGCUGCAAAUUGCCAAGAAAAACGGGACGAAAAACAAGAGAGCGGCUCUGCAGGCUUUGAAAAGAAAGAAGCGGUAUGAGAAGCAGCUCGCUCAGAUUGAUGGCACACUGUCGACCAUCGAGUUCCAGAGAGAGGCUUUGGAGAACGCCAACACCAACACUGAAGUGCUCAAGAACAUGGGCUUCGCUGCCAAGGCCAUGAAGUCUGCCCAUGAAAACAUGGACAUUGACAAGGUGGACGACCUGAUGCAGGACAUUACAGAGCAGCAGGAGCUGGCCCAGGAAAUCUCCGACGCCAUCUCUAAACCUGUCGGCUUCGGAGAAGAGUUUGAUGAGGAUGAGCUGCUGGCAGAGCUGGAUGAGUUGGAACAGGAGGAGCUGGACAAAAACCUGCUGGAGAUCGGGGGCACAGAGAACGUCCCCCUCCCCAACGUGCCUUCAACUUCAUUACCUUCCAGACCUGCCAAGAAAGAGGAGGACGAGGACGACAUGGAGGAUCUGCAGCGCUGGGCGAUGGAAGCCAUGUAAACGCAGCGGGCGCCACAUCAUACCUGCAUCAGAGAGGGAAGAGGAAGGAGCAACAGGGGAAUGAAUGGACUGAUAAGAUGUUGUUAUGUUGGAUGUUAUGAGUGUUUUUGUAUGUCUGAGGAGAGCUGACUGUCGACUUUAUGUAACACUACAAAAAAGCAAAAAUGCUGUAAUCUUUCUUUUCCAGACCCCUCCCUAAAUACAGACCCCCCUGGGUGCUUGGCAAAACGAGCCGGUCAGGGGCUUUUAUUUUGAGGCUAUCGCUGUACCUUGGCAAUGUCACCUAAUACAUUUAACCUUGAUUUUUAAUACUAUACUAGCACUUCUCGGUCCCUGUGCUGCACAGGACUAUUUCAGAGCCCGCAGAGUUCAUAUUGAAUUAGAGGAUUUGAGCUCCGUGGUGUAGUAAGAGGAGUCGGAUUGGUGUUAAGGGUUGCGUGGCGUUGUGAAUGUCACUGGACGGCAGAAGAAUUUUUAUGCUAGCUUAAUCCUCAAAGAUAUGUUUUUUCUGACUCACAUAUUUACCUGUAUUUGUGGCGUUAAACUCGCUGGAUGUUUUGUUCCUUGUUUUUUUUGUUUUUUUUCUCUCCUUGACAAAAAUAACAGUCUUUUGCUCUGUUUUUCGUUAACUGCUCUUGAAAAAAAGAGAACAGCUGAGCAUGAGCUGGGUGAAGAAGCUACAAGCUGUAUGUUUGCCAGAGUUCGAACCUGUUCUUUUGUUUCAGGCUGCGUGCUUUGUCUCCCCCCCCCGUCGCCAUUUCAGCGACUUCUCCCUCCCGCAAAGGCAUUCUCAACAGUGGUCCUUGUUAUUUGAUGUAAAUAUCCCAAAUGUGUCUCUUUUUAUAUACUGUAUUUCUGCCAUCACUGAGAGGUUCUGUCAAGGUUGUGUGAAGCAUGCAACAGUGGGAAACUGACAAUACAGAUCACAACGCACGGCUAGAAGAGAGAUGUUAAACGGAAACACUUUCAUCCUGGUCUGUCUCCCAUAAGGGUUUUUUUUGUUUCAGAUUGUAUAAUGUUUAAAAAAUAAUAAUAAUAAUAAUGAUAAUAAACUAUUGUCACACCUUAUUAACUGCA